AUGAGUCACACGCCAAUUCUUGCGUUUGGUUUGGGAUCGCGGCCGCUCUCCCCCCUCGGUGGCGGAAAUGUUGCGGCAAUGCAGCAUGAAGGAAGGGUCGGUUCGCUGCGACCAGCAAGGUCCCUUCGGGGCGAAGAGCGGUGCGGCCGGGCUCCGCUGGGCGGCCACCACCCGUCCUGGAGAGGGCCUCGGCCGUGGAAGGGCGGGAGGGGUCCGAGAGGGUCUAGACCGCCGGCGGGACGGUCUGCAUCGGCCCCCGAUGCGCGGAGGCCGCCGGGAGAUGACACGGGGUCCCCGGACCGCACAAGCCGCGACGGCUGGUGGCCCGGGUCCUCGGCACGAGGAACGGGGGGACUCGCGGCGGAGGCGCGGGCGGCGGCCGAGUGGAGGACUCCCGGGCACCUGGCGGGCGUCCCCGCGACCAGGGCGGGGAUGCGGACCGAGCUAGGCACGACCCCGCGGAGGUUCGGGGGGGAGUCUCCGCCCGCAGGAAGUUGGUCCCUGGACUCCGGGCUCCGGGGCAGCGCACCGGCCGCCUCUUCUCAGGGUCGCCCCCGCGAGGGUCUCAUCUCAGGGACGGCAGCAGCCGCAGCUCCCGGCGGACGAGGCGAUGGGGGAGGGAGGCUGGCCCCGCGGCCGGGGGACAGGCCUGGAGGCCCCGGGCUGGGUCCGCCGCAGCCUCCGCCACUCGGGGCGGGGGACACACGCUCAGGCUGCGCCCGGCGAGGCAGGAAACUUUCCGUCCUGGGAGGGAAACACCACAACAAACGGCCGUCAAGCGCCGGUGCCCGCCCGCCCCGGCGCUCGCCCGCCUCAAACCUGCCCCCCGCCCAGCCCGCACCCCUGCCCCGAACUCGCAGACCUCUCUGCGGGCGGGCGGCGGCGAUGUGA